GCUGAUGCCAAGUCCGUGCACUUUAGGGGGGUGUUAGAUGGUACCAGGCAGGAAGAAGUGGAAGGUGAACUCAGUGAAGAAGAACGCUGGUUUGGAAAUUCUUCAGAAACUCCUUCAGAAGCAUCAUAUGGAGAAGUGCAGGAGAACUUUAAGUUGUCUCUUGAGGACAGAAUCCAAGAGCAGUCCACUUCCCCAGACACUUCUUUGGGAAGUGCAACUCCUAGCAGCAAUGCAGCAGAGCUGGUAUCCAUUGAAAAUGAGGCACUAAGAGACACAUUACAGAAUAAAGAGCACCUUUCUCCUGAUGUGUCGUCUCUGUGUGAAGAAGAACCUCCUGGUCCAAAUAAGCCACUGAGUAGUAACCUGAGGCGGCUACUGGAGGCUGGCUCCCUCAAGCUGGAUGCUGCUGUUACAGUCAAUGGCAGAGUCGAGUCCCCUGUAAAUCUUGGCUCUAAUGUCUCCUUCUCUCCACCUGCACAUCAUGCUCAGCAGCUAAGUGUUCUUGCCAGAAAGCUUGCUGAGAAACAGGAACAAAGUGACCAAUACAAUGCAAGUAGUCACUUUUUAUGGAAUCAAGGUAAGUGGUUGCCAAACUCAACCACCACCUGUGGUUUGUCCCCUGAUUCAGCUAUCCUGAAACUGAAAGCUGCAGCCAAUGCUGUUCUGCAGGACAAAUCUCUUUCAAGGACUGAAGACACUAUAAGAUUCGAAUCCUUUUCCUCACCUUUUAGCUCUCAGUCAGCCAGCUCCACGUUAGCAGCUUUAUCUAAGAAAGUGAGUGAAAGAAGCAUGACUCCUGGGCAGGAGCACCCGCCUCCGGCUAGUUCUUUCCUUUCUCUGGCUUCCAUGACCUCUUCAGCUGCUCUGCUCAAGGAGGUUGCUGCAAGGGCUGCAGGCACCCUGUUGGCUGAGAAGAAGAAAUCACUCAUUGCUGAGGAUCCCCUGCAGCUUUCAGAGAUGAAGCAAGAGAAAGCAACUCCACCACAGUCUUUGGAAUUAUUGUUAUUGCCAGUCCCUAAGGGAAGAGCAUCCAAAUCCACUAGUACAGCCUCAGAAGAAGAAGGAGGAAAACCUUUCCAGUGUCCGAUCUGUGGUUUGGUUAUCAAGAGGAAGAGUUACUGGAAACGGCACAUGGUGAUUCAUACAGGUUUGAAAAGUCAUCAGUGUCCACUCUGUCCAUUUCGCUGUGCACGCAAGGACAAUCUCAAAUCACAUAUGAAGGUUCAUCAGCACCAGGACAGGGGUGAGACCUUUCAGUGCCAGCUAUGCCCUUUUACCUCCUCCCGCCACUUCAGCCUGAAACUCCAUAUGCGUUGCCAUCAACAUUUCCUCAGGACAGAAUCCAAAGUGAAGGAGGAAAUACCAGAAACUGAGGUGAAGGGGUCACCGCAGCUAAAUAGUGACCCUUGCCCGGGACCACAGAGGGAAGGAGGUGGACCUGACCUACCGGGAUCAGCAUCUGUGUCUAAAACACCUGACGUGGCUGGGCAGCCUAGUGGAGGUAUUCCACCUUUACUAGUGAAAGAAGAGCCCAAAGAUGACAAUGGCAUCUCUGCUGCACCUUUUGCUUUUAGCACUGUUGACAGACCCCCCAACAACACAAAGCUGAAAGACUCCUCUGACUUUGUGGCCAACACAGCAUCAGCACUAUUCAGCCAAGACAUCUCUGUCAAGAUGGCAUCAGAUUUUCUUAUGAAGCUGUCAGGAGUGGUGCACGAUGGAGGGAAGAGGGAAACUG